UUGAAUUUUAUUUUUAAUUUUGACAGGGUGUGCCGCAGCAAAACUGGCCGGUUUAAGCGUUGCCGUUAUUGUGACCGUCGGUACAAAAUGCCACAACGCCAACGUCGACGUAGCCGUUGUCCGUGCCGGCGACGAAAGCGCCGAGUCGUCCGACGCUGCCGGUCCCGCUCUGUGACAUUCAAGCGCUGCUCACUCUGCGAAUGCGGCAUGCCCCUGCGACAGCGCUCUCUUUCAUAA